GAUGGUGAUCAAGGCGAUGAUGACUAUGAUGAUGAUGGCCCUCGUGAAGCAGAUUUGGAGGGGAGGGUUGAGAAAUACAUUGGCGUGAAAGUAAAGGUUUCAUUUACAGGGCAAGGGGAGACACAAUCUAUGAAGCAAUUGUCUGGGGGUCAGAAAACUGUUGUUGCCCUCACAUUGAUCUUUGCCAUACAGCGAUGUGAUCCUGCUCCUUUUUAUCUUUUUGAUGAGAUAGAUGCAGCCCUAGACCCUCAAUACAGAACUGCUGUUGGAAAUAUGAUUCGUCGCCUGGCUGAUAUGGCAAAUACACAAUUUAUAACAACAACAUUCCGACCUGAGCUUGUGAAAGUGGCUGACAAGAUAUAUGGGGUUACACAUAAAAACAGGGUGAGCCGUGUCAAUGUUGUCUCCAAGGAAGAUGCGUUAGAUUUUAUCGAGCACGAUCAGUCUCACAAUGCAGAUUAAGCUCAAGUCCCAACUCCCAUGUAGGAUUAGUGAAGUGAUCUACACUAGGGUGUGCUGUUAUUCUUUAGCAUUUAACAUGUAGAGUAUGAUGUUUCAGUAGUAAAAAGCUUUUCCUUCAUGUAGAUAUGUAGAUGUAGUUUCAUAUGUUUUGUGAACUAGGCGUUAAACAAUCUAACGCUGAUUUGUGAUUUACACUAAUUUCUGAUUGAUUUUUUUACAUGUCAUUUUCAUGUUAGCAUGUGUGGAAGUUUGAUGGCAAGUUUGGUAUUGUAUUAACUAAUCAAGGUAAUUAUGGAAAUUGGUUAUUUUACUUGAUGUU